GUUUCAUCUCCUGGGCAAGGCGUAGCCAUCGACGCCGGGGAGCGUGCCGAAAGGCGUCCGGGGCGGCCGCCGCCACGAAAGCGUAGCAUACGUGUCGACCGUCGCUGGGCGCGCGGGGCUGCCCAGUUCUGAGGGCGGCCCGGUUCUAAGCGAGGUGCUGCCCGCCGGCCCCCCGAGCCCGGCGUAUAGAUUGCGGAAGAUGGGCGACGUCAGCGACCGGUUGGAGGUCAAGGUCGUCGCCGCGCGGGGGCUCGGCGAGGUCGAGGGCGGCGACUGCAACCCGUUCGCGCUGGUGCGGUGCGGCGCCGAGGAGGAGCGGACGGCCGUCGCCUCGGCGACGUCGGCGCCCGAGUGGAACGCGAGCACGAUGAUCUUCACGGACGUCGCCGACGCGGCGGACGACGUCGUCGUCGCCGUCAUGCACAAGGCCCUGUCGGCGGCGCGGGACCAGGCGCUGGGCCGCGCCGUGAUCAGCCUGCGGACGUGCUUCCAGGCCGUCGGCGUCGAGCAGGACGACUGGUUCCCGCUCGAGGACGCGGACGGCCGGGCCUGCGGCGAGGUCCGGCUCGAGCUGGCGUACUUCGUGGACGCGGACGACGACUUCCCGGAGGACGACUCGGACGACGAGGCGGCGAGCGGCGGCGAGCCGAACAUGGUCCGGGGCACGAUCUGCCGCGCGCGCGGGCUGCGGCACCCGGACCGCGCGGGCCCCGUCGACGCGUACUGCACGGUGCGCGUCGGGCGGCACAAGGCCUCGACGGCGACGGUCCGCCGCAGCAACGGGCCGCUCUUCGACCACGCGUUCGAGCUCCCGUGCGGCGACGGCGCGGCCUGCGUCCGGGUCAAGGUCAAGGCGCGCGCCGCGUUCGGCUCGACGCUGAUCGGGGAGGCCGUGCUGCCCAUGGUCGAGGUCGCGGCGCACGGCGAGCCGGGCUGCUCGCGCUGGUGCCGGCUGGAGGGCAAGGACGGGGAGGUCGGGAAGGAGCGGGGCGCCGUGGAGCUGCAGAUCGCGUGGGUGCGCGACCGCAAGUACGCGCGGUCGCUCGCACGGCUGGGCGCGAGCCUCGGGGACCUCGCGGGCGGCCUCUGGGGCCCGGGCCUAGGGGCUCGUACGGAGGGCGCGGAGGACCGGGACGAGGGGCCGAAGGAGGACUGGCUGCUCGAGGAGGACGCCUUCGCGCCGCAGCACCUCACGUCGCGGGAGCAGGAGGAGCUGGACGAGCGGCGGAGCGCGGGCGCCAUGAUGGCCGGGCGCGUCGUCGACGAGCUCGAGGGCCGCCGCGCCGCGGCCAUGAAGCCCGGCGACUACGCCGUGCAGGUCCACGUCAUCGAGUGCCGGGACCUCAAGGCGGAGGACCUGAACGGGCUGAGCGACCCCUACGCGCGCGUGCGCGUCCACGGCCGCCAGCGCAAGACGCGCGUCGUGAAAAAGGUGACGUCGUGCGUCUUCGACGACGUGCUGCACUUCUCCCUGCCGAACCUGACGACGGCGGCCGCCGAGGCGGCCGCCGUCGACAUCGCCAUCCUGGACCACGACGCCAUCGGCCGGCACGCGACGAUCGGGAGCGCGAGCUUCGACCUGCGGAAGGUCCACGCGCUCGCGGACCACGAGUUCUACCGCAAGUGGGUCGGGCUCGUCGACACGACGAACAGCGCGGACAACGGCUACCAGGGCUUCCUCAAGUGCUCCGUGACCGUGCUCGGGCCCGGCGACGAGCAGCGGGCCCACGACCUCGACGCGGAGUACCAGCGGGAGCUGGAGCGGGAGGAGGAGGAGGGGCGGGGCAUCGCCCUGAGCGGGCCGACGCUGCCGCCCGCGCGCCUGACGUUCCUCGUCGUGUACUGCUGGGAGGCGGAGGACCUGCCGGCCACGAAGCGGAACCUCCUCGCGUCGAACCUGCUCAAGUGCUACGUCGUCGCGGAGGCGGGCGGCGCGUCCUGCCGGACGCAGACGCGCCGGUGCCGGGCCGACCCGAAGUUCGGCGAGGAGCUCUGGUUCCCGGUCACCGAGCCGGUCGAGUUCCGGCGCGUGGCCGUCGGCCUGGCGGACUACGUCUGGGGCGGGCGCGACCGCACCGUCGCGUACCUGUACCUGGACGUGGACGACGUGCCGCGGAGCGACCGCGCGGUCAAGACGUCGCUCUUCGGCACGACGUAUCAGGGCCCGCGGCCGCGGUGGCACAACCUGUACGGGGCGCCGCGCGGCGUCCAGGGCCGGCGCGGCGCGCCCCAGAACCGGUACGGCGCCGGGGCCUCGACCUACCGCGGCCGCGUCCUGCUGUCCCUGGAGGUGCUGACGCGGCCGCCGCGGCGCGAGGCCACCGUGCCCCACCGCAAGGCCUUCGCCUUCCGACCGACGCCCGGGCUGAAGCCGGCCACGGCGCCCUACCACCUGCGGGCCCUCGCGCUGAUGGGCUCGGAGCUGCCCGUCGUCCGGGCGCCCGGCCGGCCGCGGCCGCUGAAGCUCGGCCUGACGGUCGCCAUCGGCAACCACGUCCUGGAGUACGCCGCGGCGGCCAACGCGCGGGGCGUCGUCGAGUGGAACGAGCUCCUGACGCUCAAGGGCGUGCACCUGCCGGUGCUGCUCGAGGAGCUGCCCGACGUCGUCGCGUGCGUCGUGGCCGGGCGGCGCCACGUCGGCUUCUGCCGCAUCCCCGCGGCGGCGCUGCUCAAGGAGCAGAUGCGCGGCGCGCCGACGUGGCACCGGCUCACGGCCGAGGCGGCGCGGGGCGGCCUCGGCGACGAGAACCCGGGCGCCCUGCUGCUGCAGCUCGGCCUGGGGCUGAGCGAGGACGCGAACGACCCGCACUUCAGGUGGGACGACCUCGGGCUCCUCGAGAAGUUCGCGGACAAGCGGCCCUGCUGCGUCCGCGUGUACGUGUACCAGGCGCGGAACCUGCCGCCGGCGACGGCCGAGGGCCUGCUCGACCCCUACGUCAAGGUCCGGUUCUGCGGCCGCAAGGAGAAGACGCGCGCGCACGCCCACACGACGAACCCGCUCUUCUACGAGACGCUGGACCUGCACGCCCUCGUGCCGCGGGACGCGCGCUACGGCCCGGACGUCGUGCUGCAGGUCUGGAACCGGCGCGCGGUGGGCCGGCGCAACGCGGCGAUCUGCUCGCUCCGGCUGCCGCUCGGCGACCUCCCGGAGCUCGCGCACGACACGGCGCGCGCGCCGGACCCGCGGUGGCACGGCUGCGUGGACGCGUCCGGCCGCGCGCUCGCGACGGAACUCCUCUGCUGCGCCGCGCGCAUCCGCAAGCGCGACGCCAAGGAAAAGUUCUCGAAGCCGCCCUCGAUCGCGCCGCUCAACCGCAUGGCGUGGGUCGAGGUCACCGUCGUCGGCGUGCGGAGGCUGCGGAGCGCCUACGGGAGCAGCCCGCGCCGGCCGUGGCUCCGGUUCGACGUGCCCGCGCCCGACGACAAGGGCGACGGCGGCGGCACGUUCCGGACGCCGGCGUCGGCGCAGCCGAGCGGCCGCGACGCGAACUUCCUCGUGCGGCGCGUGCUGCAGGUGGAGCUGCCCGAGGACCCCGAGCUGGCGCCGCGGCUGGACAUCCGCUGCUUCGACUCGAGCCGCGUGGGCGCCGCGCCCCUGCUCGGGUCGUGCGCCGUCGACCUGCGGCCGAAGCUCCCGUGGAACCCCGUCGACUACGUCGCGCCGCAGUCGGAGCUGUUCGACGACGCCCAGGCGCGGGCCCUCGCGGAGCAGCGCGAGCGGGAGGAGCGGGCGAAGGCCGCGAAGGCGGACGAGGACGACGCGAGCGACGAGGACGCGGAGCCGGGCAACGUCGGCGUGUCGUUCGGCGCCGGCGACGGCGACAACGACGACCUCUCGUCGAGCGACGGGGAGAGCGUGGUCCACCGGGAGCUCGAGGUCCGCGGGGACGCGGGCCGCGACGACGGCGGCACGGGCGCCUUCGGCCAGGACAUGCUCGACAGCCUGCCGCCGGUCCUCGAGGACGCGCGGUACCGGGAGGAGCUCGCGCUGCGCGAGGAGGCGAUCCUGCACGAGCAGGGCGAGGAGCGGCGGGGCCUGCUCGAGACGCUGGGCGCGCGCCUCGCGGCCGCGGCGGACGUCGGCGAGGCGCCGGGCGAGCCCCAGUACGCGCUCAAGGACCUGGACAUCGACUUCCCCUCGCAAUGGGCCGCCGCCGACUUCGUCGACGGCCGCGAGUGGUGGCUCCACCAGGAGUCCGGCGAGCUCGAGAAGUACCUGCACACGAGGCCCUUCGAGACGUACACGCUCUACCGGGGCCGGCGGCACCCGAACCCGGCCAAGUCGACGCUGCGCGAGGUGGGCCACGUCAAGGCCGUGAUUCGGGUCCUCGACGAGGACCCCCAGUUCUCGGAGCCGCUGUUCCCGCUGUCGGUGCUGCGCGUCGGGACGUACGCCGUCCGCGUCUACGUGAUCCGGGCGGCGAACGUCGAGCCGCAGGACGGGCCGACGGCCGACCCCUACGUCCGCAUCAAGCUCGGCGACGACGUCCAGACGGGCGCCGUGCGGAGGUCCACCCUGAAGCCGGACUUCUACGAGUGCUUCGAGUUCAGCACGCGGCUGCCCGGGCCGGCCCAGGUCAAGGUGCAGCUGCGGGACCACUCGCGGUGGCGGCCGGCGCACGCGGUCCUCGGCGAGAGCCGGCUCGACCUGGAGGACCGGUGGUUCCACCGGAAGUGGCAGGCGCUCGACGAGCGGUCCGAGGCGAACCCGGGGAACCCGCUCAAGCCGAUCGAGGUCCGGCGCCUGACGCGGGACGGGUCGCUCGUCGCGCGGGGGCAGCUGUACGCCUGGGUGGAGAUCCGCAAGGACGCGGCGGCGCGGCGGGACCCGCCCGUGGCGCUGGAGGGGCCCGAGCGGCGCGAGUUCGAGGUCCGCGUCGUCGUGUGGGCCUCGAAGGACGUGCCCUUCGAGAUGGGCGACUACUACGUGCAGGCGCAGGUCGGCAACUCGCGGCCGCAGAAGACGGACGUGCACUGGCGGUGCCGCAACGGCAAGGCCUCGUGGAACUGGCGGCUCAAGAUCGGGGUCGAGCUGCCCCUCGCGUCGCCCGACCUCGGGCGCCUGAGCGUGCAGCUCUGGGACCAGGACGUCGUGAAGUGGAACGACAUCGUGGGCGAGGCCACGGUCGACCUGUACCGCUGGCUGCUCAAGGCGUACCACGAGAACCGCGCGGUGAACGUCUUCCGGGAGGUCAACGAGGCCGUCGCCCGCAAAAAGGCCGAGGAGCAGGGCCUGGCGACGGCCGAGGACCUGGCGGAGAGCGACGGGUCGUCGGACGACGACGACGACGACGACGACGACGACGGCGGCGACGGCGACGACGGCGACGAGGGGGGGGGCGGGGACGGCGAGGAGACCAAGGAGGCGCCCCCGGGCGACGAGGCGACGAACCCGCUGCUGGCCGCGGAGAAGAAGAAGGAGGAGAAGGCGAAGGAGAAGGAGGGGGGCGCGGGCCCGCCCGUGGCCGACGCGGACUCGAACCAGGAGGCCGCCUUCUUCGUGAAGCAGCUGAAGGAGUUCGUGGGCCUCGGCGACAUCGACGACACGGCGCAGUGGGUCGCGAUGACGUACAACGACGUGCGGCGGCGGCGCGUGAGCCGGCGCGGCGCCGUCGCGCUCAGCGUCGAGAUCCUGCCGCCGGAGGAGGCCGAGGACCGCCCGGCGGGCCAGGGCCGCUCCGAGCCGAACGCGAACCCGUUCCUCCCGCCGACGACGGGCCGCAUGUCGCUCUCGUACAACCCGCUCGCGAUCGUCUCGGCGCUGCUGGGGCCGAGGCUCGCCUUCCAGCUCCUCUGCUGCCUCUGCUGCGUGCUGCUGCUCGUGGUCAUGGGCAUCCUCGGCAUGUACUUCACCAGCUUCUACACGCUCUGGCAGUCCCUGUCCUAACACUGUUUCAUGUU